CAUACAACAGUUUUGCCCUUUGUAUUAAUCGAGAUGAGAACAACACAUCAUCAGUAUCCCAGCAGGAGCUGUGGACUGGCUGCAGUGUGCACCUUCGCUGUUGGCUAUAUUGUAUGGGUGUGCUGGAUUCACCACGUUACAGGAGUGUGGGUGUACCCGCUUCUUGAGCACCUCAGCCCAGGUGUCAAAAUAAUCUUUUUUGCAGCUGUUACCGUAUUAAUUAACAUAUUCUACUUGGUGGGAGAGGUCCUGAACAACUACAUCUGGGAUACCCAAAAAUGUAUUGAAGAAGGAAAACAAAAGCCAAAAUUGGACUGAACAAUAGAGGCAACAUGGAGGAUUGUUUAUGGCUCCAUGGAAGAUUUCUCAUCCCCAACUGGGGCUGGCAUGGAGAGGAAUCUUUUGGAAAGGAGGAAGUUUAUUGGGCCCUCUGCUCAGUGCGAGGAUAUUUUUGAUUUUUAUAUGGAGGGAAAAUGAUUUUAGCUAAAGCAUAAUGAUAAAUGUUUCAACCUCCGUUACUAUUUCUCCAUGCUUGCAUGUGACAUAUGCAUAUAAGAUGUAUACUUAUCUCCAUGGCAUUCUCAACGUGCAUUUCUUGCAUCAAGUCAGUCAUUAAAUCAGUAAGUCACUAAGUCUUUUCACUUCCACAAGAAAAACAAUGAGUCCAUUCUCUGUAUGGUUUGAGAAAAGCUUAACCAGAUAGGUCUAAUAUGGGGAAACAAAACAAUCCUAUAUAUUUCAAAGUACAGUGUAAAAAAAAUACAGUAGAAGUUAAUUGCAUGAAUGUAUCCAAAGAAGAAUUCAAUCUGACUGAAAUAGUAAUGUAACACGAUGUAACAGCUGCCUUAAAUCAGUGAUGUUAAUAAUUUUAUUAGUCCAGUAAAAUCUUACUUGCGGUGUUAGACUGUCUGAAUAUGAU